AUGUAUGGCGAGCUCUACUGUCCGAUAUGGCUGAAGAUUUUUGCAACUAUUGUGCUAGUGACAGAGACUAUCCUCGGAGUCUGUCUAAACAUGUCCGUUCUCUUGACUCCAAUCUCCAAGAAGCACCUCCAUGGGAAUUUUUUUGUGAAGGAUCUCGCGACUGCGAACCUGUUCGUGUCGGCGUGUAUUCCGCCUUUGAUCACUGUUGUUGUCCUCCUGCCAGUCUUUAGGUUCCACGUCUUUGUGAUCGUAGAGGGACUGCUUUGUUUCAGCAUCGUAUCCAACAGUGCUUCUGUGACCUGCAUCAGCAUAGACCGGUACGUGUCCAUCGUCAAACUGGACAAAAUGGACAGAAAUAUCCUGUACCCCCGCACUGCCAUCUGGUUUUUCUCCUUCCUGGGAUUAGUCCUACCAUUGGGAGCGUACAGUGUUCUAGACUCGACCGAUGUACAAGAUUGUUACUUGUUUAAGUGUCGAAACAUACUGUUUGUACUGAAGCCGUAUUUCUUGUAUGAAGUGUAUAGCACGAUUCUUUUUAUAGUAGCCUCUUUCACAGUGAUACCUUGCUACAUCUCAGUGUACAACGUGGCUAUCAAAAGAAUCAAGAUACGUAUGCGGCUUACAAACAGCAACAGGGAAAUUAUGUUGGGUCUGCUGAGACUUAAGAGGUUCCAAAGGGUCACAAAAAUAACCACCUGCAUCAUCGUGUCGUUCCUAAUUUGCUGGGCUCCGCUCAUUUUUCUGUCCUGGGUACCUAUAUUUAAAUCCGACAGGAAAACCCUGGCCGCUCACGUAAUUUCCAUCAUGAUCGCAAUGUUAUCCAAUAUAUUCAACCCGAUUUUAUACACGUUUGUCAGACCACAGACACAAUUAAAACUCAAACGAAAACGAGAAGUGAAAGUGAUAAGAAAUUCAUCUAGAAUAGCACCACACACAACAUUGGUUACCAGAACAUCCAUAAACAUGGCAAAAGCGACACAGCUUUUGGUGCCGCCUUCACAGGAUCGUAUUUCGUCAUCAUUCAGUGGUUCGUCAGAUAGGUUCACAAACUCAGAUUUCCACAGUACAGAAGCUAUUUCUGUGGCAAAUAUCACGAACCAUUUUGAUGAAGAAUUCGAAUUAAGUCAAGAUUAAAAAGACUAAAAAAAAUGUCCAUUUAUUGUACUAACAUUUUCAUUCUUAUAAAAGAUUUCAACAUUUAGUGUUAUUUUAUAUAUAUCGUUGAAAAUAAAUAA